CGCCCAUCCUGACUGAAGGACAAGAAAUGCUGACUUUUGAAUUCAGGAGAAUUAAGCACAUGCUUAACGAGCAAGAGGAUGGUGGCCCCUGCAUGCACAAUGGCCUCCUACUCCAUGAUAACCAUGAAGAGAUUUGCUGGCGCUAUGUUCCUGCUUGGCGCUAUGUUCUUGAACUUGACGUUCCUUGCCCAGCCAUUCCAUAACCCCAGAGGAACUGAAGCACAGAACCAUUCCCUGGUGGUCCUGAUCUGGGACUGGCCUUACGGCCAUGCCUUAAACCUCACCGGCGAUCCCUGUGCCACGCUUUGCUCCAUCAAGGGGUGCCAGCUGACCUGGAACCGCAACCUGUACAACCGAGCAGAUGUGGUAGUUUUCCACCACUGGGCACUCCAGCACCGCAGAUCACACCCUCCUGCAUCUAAGCCCCAUCCAGGGCAAAAGUGGGUGUGGCUUUCCCUGGAGUCUCCCACACACAGCAAAGACCUAGCCAGGUGGGAUGGAGUCUUCAACUGGACCAUGACGUUCAGGCGGGACUCUGACAUCUUCAUCCCUUAUGGGGAGCUCGUCGCCCAACCAUCAGAUGAGGUGGACAUCCCAGAGAAAUCUGGCCUUGUGUCAUGGGUCAUCAGCCACUACCACCAUACCCAGCAGAGAGCGCAACUGUACAGGAACCUGUCCAAGUACAUCAAGGUUGAUGUGUAUGGGAGGGCAAACAAGAAGCCUCUCUGCCCGGCCUGCCUACUGCCCACCAUCUCCAAAUACAAGUUCUAUCUGGCCUUUGAGAACUCCGUCCACCGGGACUACAUCACUGAGAAGCUCUGGAGGAACUCCCUCCUGGCUGGAGCUGUGCCUGUGGUCAUGGGGCCUCCCCGAGCCAAUUACCAGCAGUUCAUUCCUGGUGACGCUUUCAUCCACGUAGAUGACUUUGGUUCUGUGAAGGAACUUGCAGACUUCUUGCUCACCAUGAAUGAGAGCCGCUACCAGAGGUUCUUUGAGUGGAAGAAGAGUUUUGCCGUGAAGCUGUAUGAUAGCUGGCCAGAGAGGUUCUGCACCAUCUGCCAGUGUUUCCCCAGCCUGCCCCAAGGGAAGGUCUACUACAGUUUGGAAAAGUGGUUCUGGGGUUAGCAAUCAGGGUGGGCUGAAGUCAGGGGCCUCACUAGGUGCUUAAGAACCUAAGGA